UCUGAGCGAGUCCAGCUGCAGGAGAGAAAACCUCCAACUCUGCUGCUUCCAGCUGCUCACACUGAAGCUUCACUCAGAAACAAAAUGGCUUCCAAAACAGAGGAGGAUCAAUUCUGUUCGGUCUGUAAGGACGUCUUUAAGGAUCCGGUCAUUCUGUCAUGUUGCCACAUCUUCUGUAAGGAGUGCCUGAAUAAAUGGUGGGGAGAGAAACCAGCAAGAGAGUGUCCAGUUUGUAAGGCACUACCUAUCACUGAAGAUUCACUCUGUAACUUGGUGCUGAAGAACCUGUGUGAGACUUUCUUACAGCAGAGAGACCAGAGACUUUCAGAGGAUCUCUGCAGUCUGCACUCCAAGAAACUCAGACUCUUCUGUCUGGACCAUGAGCAGCCAGUGUGUCACAUCUGCAGUCAUUCAGAUAAACACACUAGGCAUAGAUUUAAACCCAUCGAGGAAGUUGUGCAGCAACUCAAGAACAAACUUAAGGAAACUCUGGAGCCUUUAAAAAAAAUCCUGGACCUCAGGAUGAAAGUUCUGGAAAAGUUUCACCGAACCGCAGAAGACAUGAAGGUCCAGGCCCAGCACACAGAGAGGCAGAUUGUUGAGCAGUUUAAGAAGCUUCAUCAGUUUCUAGCAGAGGAAGAGGAGGCCAGGCUGGCUGCACUGAGGGAGGAAGAGGAGCAGAAGAGAGGGAUGAUGAAGGAGAAGAUGGAGGCUCUGAGCAGAGAGAUAGCAGCUCUUUCAGACACAGUCAGAGCCACAGAGGAGGAGCUGAGAGCUGCAGACGUCUCAUUCCUGCACAACUACAAGGCUGCAGUGGAAAGAGUCCAGCGCUGCCCCCUGCUGGAGGAUCCACAGCUGCCCUCAGGAGCUCUGAUAGACCAGGCCAAACAUCUGGGCAACCUGGCCUUCAACAUCUGGAGCAACAUGAAGGACAUGGUGACCUAUACUCCUCUGGUUCUGGACCCAAACACGGCUAAUCCAAGAAUAAUUCUGUCUGAAGAUCUGACCAGUUUGACUUUAGGGGAGGAACAGCAGCUUCCCUACAAUCCAGAGAGGUUUGAUUUAGGGUGGUCUGUCCUGAGCUCUGAGGGUUUUAACUCAGGGAACCACAGCUGGGAUGUUGAUGUUGGAGACGGUGAAGGAUGGGCACUUGGUGUGAUAGCAGAAUCUGUCCAUAGGAAGGGAUUCAUAGAGUCUGGAUGGUUGGUUCUAUGGUUCAAUGAAGAUGAAUACUUAGCACGUUCUCCACAAGCAUCGACUGGUUUAUCAGUCCAGAAGAAACUCCAGAGGAUCAGAGUGAAUCUGGACUGGGACAGAGGAAAACUGUUGUUCUCUGAUCUGGAUACUAACACACACAUACACACCUUCACACACACCUUCACUGACAAGAUGUUUCCUUAUUUCAACACUGGUAAUGUAAAAGUUUUGCCAAUGAAGAUCUCAGUGAUCAAACAGCAGCUCUGAUGUUCUCAGCAUGAGGAACAAAAGUCCAAAUUAAACCUUAUUGAUCAGAUUGAAACUUUGUUUUAAUCAGGAAAUUGGAUCUGAUCUGGUCACUUGGUUGUUUUCAGUUCAGUUUCUGAUCUUAAAUAUUUUGAGGACAAAAUAUUUAAUAUCAAGAAGAGGAAUAACUUUUACUAAUUAAACCAUAGAGAAAUCAAGGGUUUACAAAUGUGUUUUCUAGUCAAAUUAAAGUUUCCUAUAGCAAAGUUAAAGCAAUCGGGGAUCUGGUGUAUUGUUAUGCUGAUU